ACAGGUGCUAGCAACCACUUCUUCCACAAUGAAGGGCCUGACAUUGGUUUUGAUGAUUAACGUGAUUAAGGUCUGCCUGAACAAUGGAUUCCAGAGUAAUCAUGGUAAUACACAACACACACAAACGUGUGUGUCUGAUUGUGAGACGAACAUCCAGAACGCCAGACUGUCAUGUGAGGGUCAGAUGCUGCAGUGCGUACCCGACCCAUGCUGCCAAACAGAAACGAGGCACCUUAACAUGGCCAACAACCAUCUAACCCAUCUCAAGAUUCUCGCCUUCCAGAGCUUCCCAAGACUCCGAAUCCUGGAUCUGCGACAGAACGCCUUGGCUAACAUAGCACCGGGUGCUUUCAGCAACCUGGACCAACUGCAAUUGCUUGACGUACGUGCCAAUAAACUGCGUCACCUCUAUGGUGGUAUGUUCAACGGUCUCUCGUCCAUCCAGAAGUUGUACCUCGCCAACAACGAGAUCGAGUCCAUAGCCCCUGGAACAUUUGCAGGCAUGACACAUCUCAUCAGCCUGAAACUGAACUACAACAAAUUGACAACUCUGUACGCCAAUAUGUUUUUCCCGCUGCAGAGAUUACAGCGUUUGUACAUCUACGGGAAUCGGAUAUCGGCCGUCAACGAAGAAGCCUUCCGCGGUUUGGUAAAUCUAGUGACACUGUCUCUCGCGGAAAAUCCUUUCGUGACCCUUCCAAAUAUCUUACCAUACCUACCACAGAUCACUCACAUUCGGCUAGAACAUGUCCGUCUCACCUGUGAUUGUCGUCUAGAGUUCCUUCGGAUGUGGCUCAGAGACAACCUUUAUGAGGCCUAUGAGAGUUAUGCAUUAUGCCAUGGACCAGAACAUAUCCAAGGAACCCCAAUGUAUCAUAUCCAGGAGCCUCUGCCAUGUCCCACCAGAGAACGAAACCUUCCCAUCAGUCGGGAAGUUAAUGACCCAUCCCAUGCAGCCGAUCCUGAUGAAGCGGCGAGUCACACCUCUGCUCAACUUGAAAUACAUUCGGAGUCAACAUCUGAAUAUAGUGAAUUUUUUGCUUCGUUUUCGGAAUUGUCGCACGGAUCUGUUUCUAAGACAAGUGUGACGUCAACUGAAGGAGGCAUAAGCGAAAGCGUACACGGGAGUGGUACAGUGAGGGCUGAUUCUGGUGCUUCCUCCACAGUACCCAAAACACAUAUCCCUAUUGAACCUUUAACGCCUAGAGGAACACUAUCGCCAGUUGUUACAACUGAAUCACAUAUCGUAGCAAGUGAAGCAAGGAGUGCAGAUGGGUUUACGCAUUUCACACCACCAACAAUGACUGAGUCCUCUCAAAAAGACACAUCCAGAGGUAAUGUUCUAGACAGUCCGAUCGUAAAUGAAACUGAUAGCAGCUCAAGGGUUAAUGGAAGUUUCAACGAACUUCCACGCCCUACACCUCAGGCGGGCAGUAGGAAUCAUCCAGAUAGGAACAACGGACAUCAACAUGGUCAUCGAGAUGAUUAUGUUACUACAACGGUUUCGUACGAGACCACAGAUCCGUACAGAUCUACCCCGACACCAGCGGAAAUACCUCGAGGACCUCCUCAGUCCUGGGGUCUGAAAGGAUCUUCUGUGACAAUUCACUGUCCAGUCCAUAUCCAUAACAUGAAUGACUCCAAGAUUAAGUGGCUUACGCCUCAUGGCAAGCUAAUUAUAUCGAAUGUAUCUCGCUAUGGUAUCACCAAGAGAGGUUCGUUGAUUAUCAAUAAUCUGCAGGCGUAUGACCACGGGACCUACCGAUGCAUCGUCCGUAAGGCGCUUAACAGUGUAAAAAUGUUACCGGCCAGGUUGACUCUUGCAUGCCCGUGUCACGAAGAGGCACCGAAGAAACCAUCAUUUAAACCCAGUAUCAACUCCUCCACAGAGCAUCACUUUGGACAAGAUGCGGAUCCUCAUCAUGAACACUCUCAUCCUCCAUAUGAUACCAAAUGCAGCCCUGUACCAAUGGUAGUUGCAAUUGUGACAACCUUCCAAGCCACCGUAGCCCUUUGCGUAAUCACAUUCUGCCUCUGCUGCUCCAAGAAUCUCAACUAUUCCCUGAAAGACCGGACCUGUACCGGCGUCCCCGAACCCAUUGCGGUAGUUCGCACCCGCGGAAAGUUUAACACAAGAUCUCGCGAUUUCGUACAAUCCGGCGAACCCACCUCGUCAUCUGUUCUGAGUUCGGGUGGAUCCGACUUCUACGAAGCACUCACCGAUCACGGGUUUUCCCCAAGGCAAGCGUCUUCAGUACGAUCUUACGAUGCGUAUUAUGAGUCGCAUCCUGGAUCGGAGUACGUGAACUAUCGAAAGCCCAAGAACUACAUGUACAUGGUGGGGUAUAUGGACACCGGGUCUGGCCGCAGGGCCGUAGGGUACAGGUCCUCCACAGAAUCUCAGUGUGCCUCAAUCAAGGAAAUAACCAAUGAGAAUAUAUAUGUCAGCAAAGAUUGAUUUGAACUGUGCAAGAAUCCAAUCUAACAGACUGAGCGGCCAGAUUUAUUGAUUUAUUGCUGUUAAUAUGCAGGGGUUGAUGUUUUUAAAAAUGUAACAUGAAUAUUUAAUUGAAUAUUACUCGGUAUGCUUUUGAAGGGAUGUAGUAACUAUUCGACAAUUUGUCGUGAUAAUGACCAGUCACCAGUGUCAUACCUGUAAUAUCUCGCCAGAAAGGGCACGAAAUUGUAUGCAAAUUUACUUUUUAAAAGGUCACUGCUAUAUCUUUCCCGUCAAACGUUUUCAAGUCAUCAAAAUUAUUUCACGUGACAAGCUGCCCCAUCGGAUAUGUGCUACUCUUGUCAAUACAAUCAUCAAUUAGUGAAUGAUUUGUUUUUUCUUGAAAAAAAUUAUCCAGUAAGUCUUGCCCUUCACCUAAACAAUCAUCUCGAAUCAUUAUUAUAUAAGUGCCUUAUUGUACAGUAUUCGAUGUUCUAGAUACUAAUAUCGUACAGUAUUCGAUGUUCUAGAUACUAAUAUCGUUUUUACAAGUAAAUACAAGUAGAAAUAGCGAUGAAUAGAGACACACUCUUAAAUAUUGAAGUUGAAUUUAUAAAAAAAGCAAAGUAAUGGAACUUUUAGGAAGAGAAGACAGGAAUUACAAUGUGCAAAUGGGAGUAACGUGGUUCAAGUAAGAAAAAAUGGAAGUCAUAUAUAUUGUAUGUAAUUUUAUUGAUAUACAAUUAAUCUGUCUUUGGAUAUUUCAUAUUAUGAAAGUAUUACCAAGUUUUACAAAAGAUUACAAAUCACGGUUUUUGAAAGAGGCUUAAACUCAAUCGUAUUUUGUCACUUACAAUAAUUCUUAAGAUAUUGUAUAACAAUUUUCCUAAAACCAACAGAAGGCUUAUUAGUCAUAUUGAUAUAGCGUGUUCUCAUUUGAAACGUUCCGUGAUGAAAUAUUACACCGAAAAUGAUGCAUAUACAUGCGAGAAGAAAUAUUGUCAUGUGACUUUUUCACGUAUUUUAUUGUGUUCUUAUUGUGCAUGUCUCGACCACGUAAUAGAUAUCUAUUGUGACGUCAUUCGUUGGAAGGUCGUUGUGUGGAAAGAGAUGCCUCUAAUUGAAUUUUUUUUAUCCAUGGUAAAACUUUGUAUUAUGACGUCAGAUAGAACAAACAUUUAAAAAGACUUACUUUCUGAUUAAAGCGAUUGUUUCGAUUUGUUAUCUUGCACAACUGAGCAAUGUCACAAAAAGAUAUAUGAGAAAUAGGACUUGUAGCUUAAUUUGACUUCCAGCGUGUCCAGGGAUGGAACAGUCAUAUUUUGUUUUCUUUUAAAUUCCAAAUGUACGUUCUAUCAGAGGUGAAGAUAAAUAGUGUUAACUUGUAUUCAGAAAAAUUGUUGUUGGAUUUGUUUACAGUUGCGUUAGUGCCAAGUCUUUAAUAUUCGAUUGCAUCUUUAUCUAUUCAUUUGUAAGUUUGUUAAAAUGUUGAACGGGAAUAUUAGUUCGUCAGUUCGAUUAUUUCCAUUAAGUAGACACGGGCCAAGUAGCAGGAUGAUUACUUUGUUCGCAAUAAUUUCAAGGUCAAUUUUCCCAACUUCACCUUUCUUUAGCAAUAUUUUUUUUACUUUCGUGAUGGUCAAAAUUUACAGUAAUCACUCAUGAGGGAUAAUGAACAACUUUGAUUUGUGAUAUGAACCCUAGCAUAACAUCGACAAUUUUUUUAGAGUUUAGAAUUCUGUAUAAUUACGAUUUCUACAAGAAUAUCUAGAUGUGUAA